UCAUAAACUUUCAGUAGAUCUCCAUUUUUCACACGUUGCAUUCUAACUUCCCAAUUAAGGAUUGACUUCCAACACACCGGAGAAACCCAACAAUGGCCGGAAACUGGCUACUCCCGGCGGAAACCACCACCAGCGGCCGCCCAGUCCUCCGUCCAGGCGAAGUCGAAUCAUCUCUACAACCCUCAGUCGACCUACUCAACGAAGAAAACCCCAAUCUCCCACCCCUCAAAUCCGGUCUCCUCGUCCUCACCACCCACCGUCUCCUCUGGCUCCCCAACCCCGAAUCCACCACAUCUCCGGCAGCCUCCGCCGCCGCCGCCGUCCCACUCGCCGCCGUCGUUCAAAUCCUCCACUCCAAGAAGUCAAUCAAAGGCAUGUUCGCCAGCCCUAGGGUUAGGUUUCAGGUCUCAAUCACACCUGAAUAUAAAGUGCAAGAAAAAGGUUCUAAAUUUACAACAAUUACUUUGGUUUUUCGCGGGAAAUCGGAUCCGGAUUCGUUUGUGGGCAAGUUUUGGGAGGCCUGGAGGGGGAGAGCUUGGGAAGGUGCAGUUUCGGGUUCGGAUUCUGGUCCGGGUCGGGUUGAGUUGGGGGAUGGGGGUGGGUCGAGUAGUAGCGAUACGGGGUUGGCGUUGAAAAUGCCGGUUGUUGGGCUUUCGGGUAUUUUGAGGAAGGAGCAGGAGAUGUGGGAGAGUACUGAUAAGAGUUUGCAGGAUGCAUUUCAGGAUUUGAAUGCUUUGAUGAAUAAAGCUAAAGAAAUGGUGGCAUUAGCUGAAAAAAUGAGGCAAAAACUUCUGUCUGGAUCGACUUCUCAAGCCAAUGCGGCAAAUGAUGAAGAAAUGGGGUCCAAAGAAGAGAUGCAAGAUUGGUUGUUAAGCGUCGGUAUUGUCUCCCCUGUCACUAAAGAAUCAGCUGGCGCAUUAUACCACCAAGAGUUGUCUCGUCAGUUGGCGGAUUUCGUGAAAAUUCCUUUAGAAAGAGCUGGUGGGAUAAUGAAUCUGAUAGAUAUAUACUGUCUCUUUAAUCGGGCCCGAGGAACAGAAUUAAUUUCGCCUGAUGAUUUGUUGCGGGCGUGUUCACUAUGGGAGAAGUUUAAUGUCCCAGUAAUGCUUAAGAAGUUUGAAAGCGGUGUUAUGGUCAUACAAAACAAGUCUCAUAGUGACGAAGAGGUGUUUUCUAGGAUCAAAUCAUUAGUACAAAAGCCUGAUGCGCUAAAAACGGGGAUUAGUGCCACUGAUGCCGCACGAACACUUGGAAUUGCUCCAGCUAUGGCGAAAGAGCAUCUGCUUGCCGCUGAGAGCAAAGGUUUUCUAUGUAGAGAUGUUAGCCCGGAUGGUUUUCGUUUCUAUAUCAACAUAUUUCAUGACAUUGAUCCUAAUGAUGCAUACUUAGUGAAAGAAUAUGGAAUUUAUGACGCAUGGAUUCGUGCCGCAAUUGCUUCGAGGUAAGAAGGAGACUGUAUGUUACAACAGUUGUUGUAAAUUCAAAGAAGAUAUGGAAGAACACCUUGCAUAUGGUCCAAGGAGGAGAAUAUGUAUUUGAUGAUUUCUCCUGAUUUUAUUUCAAUUUUAAAUAUUCAUGUUAAGAAAAGGAACAUGAAUAUUUAACGAGUCGAGUGAGCACAUAAACUAAUAAAUUUGUACACAGCUCGAGUCUCUUUCGAGUUACUUAGACGGUUGUGGUUUUGGAUAAAAGACAAGACAGUUGAUUUGUUUUAUGUAAAUUGAUUAUUUGUUCUCACCCUUUUGAUAGAGAUGGGGGUUGGUCUUAUUUAUGGAUGGUAAUUCUUGA